ACGUACAUCGGGUAUGUUUGUCAAUUAAUCACCUUGUGGGAGCCUACCACAUGCCAAUUGAGCCUCUGAAACUUUGGAAGGGAGUGGAGUCGUCCCAACACCUAGACACGGGGAAAGGUCACCCCAUUCGCUACAGAAGCAUCGACACGAUGGCGGUGUCAAGGACUCUACAUGUAGUCCUGUUAGUUGCAGUAAUAACGACCGUCGGCGCAACGUCAAAACCAGAGAGUUCCUGUCAAGUGUUCCAAAGUGGCAAAACCGAUGCACUUCAGUGGCAUCCGCACUCACCGCCAUCUUCGCAUUUUCGGGUUUAUUUCAGGGUGGCUGCAGUUUCCGAUGUACAGAUUGUACUGGCGGAUGGUGACGACGAUGACUCCGAUAGAAUUAUCAUCACCAUAGGUGGUGAUGGCAACUCCAAGACUUCCAUCCGGCGUCCCCGUCAGUCAGCGGAAGAGAGUAAGACUACUCUCAAAGAAUUGGUGUGCGAUUAUUUCAACCCUUACUGGGUGCAGUUCGAGCCAAGUUCAGUAAAAGUCGGGCGAGGGGGCAAAAAUAUUGCCCUUCUCAAGUUAGACUUGGAUCCCGGCCAACCCAUUUACCCAAGCUUCUUGGGCUAUGGAACCAGCGUUAACAGCGUGGGCCUCUUCAUUUUCGAAGACUUCGAGGAUCAGUGGGUCGACCCCUGUUUAAGUAACCCAUGCCAUCACGGAACAUGCGAGCCCUAUGAGGGAGAAGACUUCUAUUGGUGCGAAUGCGACCAUGGAUACUUUGGAGACAACUGUGAGACAAAGGAUGGCGAACAUACCGAAUGGAAACAAACCGAGUGGGAAGAGACACGUUGGGAGGAAGAGAAAACGUUCCAGGUCACAGGUCAUUCCGAAGAGAUUAUUAUUACAAAGGAAGUAGACAUCAGCUUGACUCAAGAAUUCGACAUAGAGAAGGACGACCCCGUGUUCAUAAUCUUGCACUCCCAGGGCACAGAACUCAUCGAAAUAGAGGUGGUGAAGAAAGCCGUUUACAUAUUGAACUCCCUGCACCUGCGACUGAAAUCUGCCGAUUUACCACAGUGGUGCUGGCAGAUGAAAUCGCUGAAAUUGCUCUUAAAAUUCGUCCAAAGCGGCUUCGAUGUCUACGCGAGAUCUUCAACGGAAACUGUGCUCAUAAUUGAGUACAGGAAACCAGCCCAGCGGGUGUUCACUGUCGGCUCCAUUGGAUUCAUGUCAAAAUCGAUAAAGACAACGACCUUGAUCUACAAACGAACACAUGUUAGUCUGCGCGAACUUGGAUCAACUGGUCACCAGACAUCUACUUCGAGUAAACAGGAUCCAUGCGACAGUAAUCCUUGUGUCCAUGGAGAGUGCCACUCUAGGCCUAAUGGCGGAUACAGGUGCCAGUGUAAACAAGGGUAUACUGGAGACAAAUGUGAAAUAGAACCAGAUCCAUGCAACAGUAGUCCUUGUGUCCAUGGAGAGUGCCACUCUCGGCCUAAUGGCGGAUACAGGUGCCAGUGUAAACCAGGCUACAGUGGAAACAAAUGUGAAAUAGAACCAGAUCCCUGCGACAGUAAUCCUUGUGUCCAUGGAGUGUGCCACUCUAGGCCUAAUGGCGGAUACAGGUGCCAGUGUAAACAAGGGUACAGUGGAAACAAAUGUGAAAUAGAACCAGAUCCAUGCAGCAGUAAUCCUUGUGUCCAUGGAGAGUGCCACUCUCGGCCUAAUGGCGGAUACAGGUGCCAGUGUAAACCAGGGUAUAGUGGAGACAAGUGUGAAAUAGAACCAGGUUCUCAAAUAGUUUCAACGGCGUUUAGCAUUGUCGGUAAGCCAACAGAGCAAAGCACAACCCUCAACCCAAGAUUUAAAGCGGAUAAGGCAGUGGACGGUAGCCCCUCAGCUCGCCUGUUACCUGAUAACACCUGCACACACACCGAGGCGGAUAAGCCAAAUCCAUGGUGGAGAGUGGACCUCGGAGAAGAGCACUGCAUCAGCAAAAUACGAAUUCUGAACCGGGGAGAUUGCUGCAGCGAACGUUUGAAGGGCGCAGUUGUUCGCGCUGGUGACAGCACAACAAUCACCGACAACCCAACUUGUGGGUCGCCCGUGACUGCCAAGCAAGCCCAACCACUAGGCAGUACGAUAGAGUUUACUUGUGAGCCAGCGUUCAGGGCGCGCUACGUUAGCGUGGAUAUCCCCGGCAGAGCCACCCUGCAACUAUGUGAAGUCACUGUGGAGGAGAUACACCUUAGUCAGUGCCCAGCCUGUCCGGAUACACAAUGUAGUCUGAACUGUCCGGGAGGUUUUGAAAGGGACGCGAACGGCUGCCAGAUGUGUGAUUGCGUAGAGAUCUCAGAAGACGACGAGGAAGAAGAACCUGAUAAGGAAGGGAAAGUUUUUCAAACCGACGGAGGUAGCCACGAGCUCAUCAUCAGUCGUGAGGUUAACAGGAAGCUGGAACAGGAAUUUGUCAUCGACCGCAACGACCCGUUAGAGUUCACGCUGUUAUCGUCCAGUGGAAACAUCAAAAUAGUUACGUUGAUAACACACUUGGAAGUCCAGAAUGAUAAGGGCAUGAAACUGAAUUCCGUCAAAUUUCCAAAUUGGUGUAUGAGCCAUAAGAAGCUGAAAUUUGCCGUGGAUUUCAUCACAACCGGCUUCAAGCUCCUGAUUAUAACAUCAUCCGGAGAGGAGAGAUUACUGACUAAGUAUAUAAAAAAGAGCAACGAGAAGUUCACCUGCGAAUCUCUGAAACUGAAAGCCCAGAAAAAGAAGAGGUGCAAAGUGGAAUACAAACCAAGGAGAAGAUGUCGAGGAAAGUACGGAAAGUAUCUGAAGAAAAAGCACGGUAAAAGACGAGAAUCCCAUUUGAAGAAGAAGCACGGUAGCAGCUCCUCCUCUGGAAGGAAGAAACACCACAAGAAGAAAUCCCAUUGGAAGAAGAGGCAUGGCAGUAGCUCAUCUGGACGGAAGAAGCACAGGAAAACUGUCAAGAAGUACCGCAAGAAACGUUAUCGAAGACGGUCUGGAAGCGGUAGUGAUUAGACGGAGAGAGUCGAAAGAAAAUGGAUUGGAAUCGGCACCAGGAUUCUGUGAACUUUGCAGGAUCCUCGGAGGACACACGACAUGAAAUGUAUUUUCAUGAUUACAUUUUAAUUUUAGCUAAAUUUACGAAAUUGCUUGUUUCUGUGCAUGUGGUUUCUCUUUAGGAUGACUACGCUAUUCCUAUGUUAUAUUUAUUUUAGUUUAAUUCUAUUUUAAUUACCGUUCUCAGGUUGAAACAGUUGACGUUUAAAUUAAGUUUUAGUGUACACACUAAAUGGAAAUAGAAUUGUUGGCUGCAUUCGAACAAAAAUAUGUUAACAAAGUUAGCCUUUAGCUAAAGUACUUCACGGUGAUUAAAAGGUUGAUUUUCUCAAAUCACAUAAUCUUAGCAAUACAGCAACAUAAAAAACCACGUUUAUUACAGUUACCUCAUUUCAUGUGGAAUCCAUCCGAACAAGUCGUUUGAUUUUGUUAUAUAUACAUGUACAUCAUUAGACACUUAUGCAUUCUAUAGUUAAUUACUAGAUUGUCCAAUCUAGGUCUUGUGUGGACCUUGUCCUGUGGUUAGCAAAUAAUAUGCUGCGGUAUGAGGGCAGACCAAGCUCAUAUUGUUCUCAUUUGCUAAUCACAAUUGUUUCCAGAGACAUGAAGCUCGUGCCUUCCAGGCAGCAAGGAAAACAAUGUUCACCUUAAGAAAGUACAGUUUUUGUUGAUUUAACUGGUGAAGUUUAAAUUUUUGCGGAUUUCAUGUCAUGAUUUUUAAAUGCUGAGGGUUUACCUCCUAAGAAACGUAUUUCGCUUAAUGUGACUGAAAUACUGGUCUGAAUUUUGUGUGAACCUUGCUUGCUCCCUAAUCCUCGAACAAUUUUAAUGAUAGUCCUGUGGAGAAUGAAGGAAAUCCAGUUUGAAAUCGCAAGUGUUGCUUCUUCCUUAUAGGCCUAACCCUCAAUUUGAAGAAUUUUAUUGAAAAGAGUUGAACUGACAAAACUAAUCAUUCCACAUAAUACGACAUUCCACGACAUUUUAAAGUCUUCCGUGAAAAGUUUUUUUGUAUUUUUUUCUGCUGCUUUUUAUCCUUUCGUGCCAUUACAUGCAUUUCUAAAUCAUUUAGAAUAUUUUACAUGCAGCACAGACGGGUUUCCCGUUGAUUAAGGUUACAGAUUGGUCAUUGUUGAUAUUCCUAACCAUUUGCACAGGUGACUUUUCCUCCGAAAACCAUGUUUAAUAAAAAAAAAAUAAUGAUAUCGCCCUAGCUGUUCCCCAGUGGUGAGGCCCACCUUGUUGCUGCACCAAAGGGCCCAUAUUUACGGAACGGAAAGCGAUACACAGUAAUGUCGUGCGAUAUAUUACGUUUUUACACAACAGCAAGAAACGACACAGUUUUUAAGUUAAUGAUAUUCCACAUCAACAAUGAAGUAGCAGCCAGACCAUCAGAUCGUGUCUAACUAGAAGGCUAAUUGGCAAGAACACGCAGUCUCAGCUCGGUAUCUUUGGGAAAAUUACUUGUUGCAGCGGUUUGUCAAGAGACUACGAAGUAUGUCUGCUCUGAAUGUGAGCAACCUACAGAAACUUGUGUGUAUUAGGCUAUACUUUGGACUGCGCGGAAUUCCCUCACAGCGAGCGUGAGAAAUAGGCCUAAAAUGUGCUCUUUUUGAACACUAACAGCAAACAGCUAAUAGCUUGUUGCCUGGCUUUUCGUUUUGUAUUCGGCGGUUCCUAGAGUAUAACGAAGGAAUUCAAGAGGCCUGCUGCCACACCCAGGCCCUCUUCAGAGGGAAUUUGUGCGCCGAGAGGCCUUGCUCUGCCAAACGUAGCCAGGAAAAAUGACAUUUCCCCUUUUAGUUCCCAAAACAAGUCUCGCACACUAAACUACUUAGAAAGGCCUUUAGGUUCAGUAUGAAAGAUGGCAUAUAGUUCACACAACAUUCAGACCAUUUGAUAUCAAUCAAGUUUUAUAUUUGGGUGUUUGGCCUCAGUUUAUUUUAUCAUUAGUUCAUCACAAUUUUCUGGUGGCAGGUUUGAACAUUAAAUUACGCAAGCAUUGA